AUAUUGCAAUAGAUUACAACAUCGGAUCUUCAUCGUUAGAUGUCUAACAAUCUUGUUAUUUGGAUGCAAGCAAUUAACGGUCAAAUCCCCUUGCCCGAACUACUGCCCUUCGGCAUCCAAUUGCAGUGGAAUCCUAUUGGAGAGCCCGCGUCAAGAAAGACAACAGCAUCUCCAAUCUGCGUACAGUUGAAUCGAAACUUCAAGACAAACAAAUCAAGCAAGCAAAGAGCAGAAAAAUGCAGAAAUCCCGCAAAAGAAAGCAGCCCGAGCUUAAUCCCCUGCCACAGUCUCGAACCAAACCAGGUAGAGCCACCGUUUGCCUCAACAAACCCACCAACGACCCGUAUCCGACCCACCCACGGCCCACCCCGGAGGAAUGCCGAGCCGUGCGGGACGACCUCUUGGUCCUCCAUGGCUUCCCCCAAGAGUUCGCCAAGUACCGCAGACAAAGACCAACGUCUCCUGAUGAUGAAACUCAUGGUUUUCCGAAACCGGAGCCAUUAGACGGGGAUGCCCUGGAGGAGAGCGUUUUGGACGGUUUGGUUAAAACUGUGCUCUCGCAGAACACUACGGAAGUUAAUUCUCAGAGGGCUUUUGACUCUCUCAAGUCUGCCUUUCCCACUUGGGAAGAUGUCCUUUCGGCUGAAUCCAAAUGUAUAGAGAAUGCUAUAAGAUGUGGAGGUUUAGCCCCGACCAAGGCGUCUUGCAUUAAGAAUAUAUUGAGUUGUUUGCUUGAGAAAAAAGGCAAAUUAUGCUUGGAGUACUUGCGAGAUUUGUCGGUUGAUGAAAUUAAGGCUGAGCUCUCGCAAUUCAAAGGAAUUGGCCCCAAAACGGUGGCUUGUGUGUUGAUGUUCCAUCUCCAGCAAGAUGAUUUUCCAGUGGACACACAUGUGUUUGAGAUUGCAAAGGCCAUUGGUUGGGUACCAGCUCUGGCUGACAGGAACAAGACAUAUCUUCAUCUCAAUAAAAAGAUCCCGAAUGAACUCAAGUUUGAUUUGAAUUGUCUCCUGUAUACACAUGGUAAACUCUGCCAUAGAUGCACCAAGAGAGUGGCUAAGCAGCAAAGAAAGGAAUCCCAUGAUAGCUCCUGUCCUCUAUUAAAUUACUGCAAGAACUCUUAAUCUGAAACCAGUUAACAACUUCAAUUAAAGGUUUUUAAUCUGAAAACCUCGCUUGAUCCUGUUCUGCCUUUUCUUUUCCUUCUUCCCUUGUUUGUUCGUGGGCCAGGGGGUAGUUCUUUGGUUGAUCAUUAGGAGGAUUUGUGCAGGUGAUGUGUAGGUUCUACUUUGAUAUAACAUGAAAUGUGGUGAUA